GGUGCUCCUCGCGCUAGCUGUCAGGCAGGCGUGGAUGGUGAUGGCAGCUGGAGUCGCUUGGGUUGUGGGUGCUUGGUGGGGUGUUUUCCUCCUCUGCCGUCGGGGCCAGGGUGAGGACCAGGUCCCGGGGCUGGAUCGCUCAACCUCUGCCCACUGCGGGCCAGGAGAAUUCCUGCACCAGGAGGCCAACGUCUUACGCUGCUGUAGCCUGUGCAACUCGAGUAAGGCAUGCCCAUCUCAUCAGCUGAGGGCCUGCACCUGUGCCAUGCCUGGAGAGUUCUGCGAGGAUUCUGAAUGUAAAAGCUGCAUGAAGCAUACGUGCUCCCCCGGUCAGCAGGUCCUCAUCCACGGGAAGUUUGUUUUUGGCUUCACUUGCGAGGACUGUGAAGAUGGCACCUAUUCGGAUGGCAUUGAUGGCAAAUGUCUGCCCUGGACUGAUUGUGCCAGGGAGGGAUUUCUCACUGUCCGUCCGGGAAACAGAACCCAUAAUGUGCUGUGUGGCAUGGCUCCACUUCCAGGAACAGGCCUCUCCAAUUCCUACAGCAUGCCCUUGGCCAUCCUGACAGGCUUAGCUACGAUUACCUUUGUGCUUGUCAUUAUCCAGCUGGCCCUCCACAUCUUGUGGGUGAAAAAGGAACCCUUCACCAAGGACAGAGCUUUAAGAUGUACAAAUCUGUUACUGUUCAUCCUUCAUUCUCAAAGAGGACCAACGACAUUGCAAGGGUGAUGUCUUGACUCCCAGGCGAAUUGGAUCGAAGUGAGGCAGGGCUGUGCAAAGUCACCAGCCUCACCCUCUUCCAGCAGUGUCGGAGUCCAGUGGCGAGAUGUAAGUCAGGACGACUGUAGAUGUCCCCAAAUGCGGUGGGGAACCUUGGCCUUUGUAAGCUAAAGUCUUUCCUUUGGAACUGGGUGAAGAGCCUGGAGUCCGGGACCUUAGACGGUCAAUGAAAGGGCAUAGACAUGUUUAAUCUGGAGAAGAGAAGGCAGACUGGGGCAAAUACUCCAAAGACAAUACAGUGGAAGAGGAUUAGAUUCGCUUUGCCAGGAAGGCUGGGUGGAAGUUCCUAAGAAGCCAGUUUAGAGCUGACGUAAAGGAAAAUAAAGCAAACUUUUUUUUUUGGACUAGACUUGUGCUUUCACUGUUAAAGAGCUCUCCUGGUGAAGAAUUUCUCUGCAUCAUUGAUGUGCAGGUUGACACUUGCUCAGGAACUUGGGGAGAGAGAGUUGCCCAGCAAUGUGGGACGUCCCAGAGAAGAGUGGGCUGCCUUGACGUUCCCAGUCAUAUCAGGUCUGCGAGCAGAGACUGGAUAAUCACAGUUUGACUCUCCGUGACCCCAUCUGGGGUUUUCUUGGCAGAGAUACUGGAGUGGUUUGCCGUUUCCUUCUCCAGCUC